AUGAGCGACGACUCCAUUGCCGCGCAGCGUCUACGACAAGAGCGCAAGAACUGGCGGCGGGACCAUCCAGCGGGUUUCUGGGCACGACCCAUCACCAAUGAAGACGGGUCCCUGAAUCUCAUGAUGUGGCACGCAGGGAUCCCGGGCAAAGCUGGCACGGACUGGGAGGGCGGCGUGUUUAAAAUGUCGCUGGGCUUCUCGGAGGACUAUCCGAGCAAGCCGCCGCUUGUGAAGUUUACGCCGCCGCUGUACCAUCCCAAUGUGUACCCAUCUGGGACCGUCUGUCUCAGCAUCUUGAACGAAGACAAGGACUGGAAGCCCAGUGUGACCAUCAAACAGAUCCUCAAGGGCGUGCAGGACCUACUGGACCAGCCCAACAUGGCUGACCCGGCACAGCGAGAGCCGUACAUGGACUUGAAAAACGACCCGGAACUGUACAAACGCAAGGUGCGGCAAUUGGCACUCAAGAACCGGGAGAGUUAG